AUGUCCAAUGACGACCCCACGCAACUGCAAGCCAUCACAGACGGCGCUCGAAAGGCAGCCGAGGAAGAGAAGGAUAUGACCUUCAAGCGAGGGUGUGUCACUCACUGCAAAGCUCUGGUCUGGUCUGUACUCUUCACAAGCGCCAUCAUCAUGGAAGGCUUUGACCUGGCAUUGAUUGCCGGCUUCUAUGCUUUCCCAGAAUUUCAGGUGGAAUUUGGAGAAUUAUCGCCCAAGUCAAAAAAUUGGCCCCACAGAGAAGUACCGCCGGCAUGGCAAACGGCGCUCUCAGCGGGUGCCCAAAUUGGCCAGAUCACCGGCCUCUUGAUGGCCGGCCUGAUUGCUCAGAAGAUCGGUUACAAGAGGACGAUGCUCGGCGCCUUGGCACUCAUGAUCGUUUUCAUUUUGAUCCCGUUCUUCGCCGAGAACAAGCCGGUACUUCUCAUUGGAGAGGUUAUGCAAGGCAUUCCCUGGGGCGUAUUCGAGACCAUGCCGAUUGCCUACGCCUCGGACGUCUGCCCCCAGGUGAUGAAGCCCUACGUGACAACCUAUGCCAAUGUUUGCUGGGUCUUCGGCCAGCUCAUCGCGGCCCUCGUGCUCCGAGGCUUCCUGAACGUGCGCGGCGAGUGGGCAUUCCGCAUCCCCUUUGCCUUGCAAUGGAUAUGGCCGUUGCCCAUCCUCGUCAUUGUGCUUCUUGCCCCUGAAUCGCCAUGGUGGCUUCAGCGAUAUGGCCACACGGAGGCCGCUCGGUUGUCUCUGCAGAGGACAACCAACUACAACGAAGAGAAGAUCAACAACAAGCUCGAGUGGAUCAAGCAUACCAUCCUGCAGGAGGCCAAUCGCAACGAUUCAAAGGAAGACGCACGCACGCUGAGGAGCUAUAUCAAGUGCUUCCGCGGUGUGGAUCGACGGAGAACCGAGAUCACCUGUGGCAUCUGGAUGGCCCAGGCACUAUGCGGAUCCAACUUGAUGGCUUUUGCCGCGUACUUUUUUACUCAGGCCGGCCUCCGCACUGAUCAAGCCUUCAACGUGCAAAUUAUCGCGCUGGUCCUUGGUGUGGCAGGAACCCUGCUUGCUUGGGUGCUCAUGAACCAUACUGGUCGACGUACAAUCUACAUCUGGGGCCUAUGGGUCCUUUUCCUAGUCCUGCUCGUCAUCGGCCUGCUCAAUGUCUUUAUACCACAAGAUGGAACAAAGAGAUCAGGACACGAGUGGGCCACUGCAAUCUUGCUGGCUGUCUACAUCGUCAUCUACGAUACAAGCGUCGGACCCUGCUGCUAUGCCAUGGUGACAGACAUAUGCUCAGUCGCACUGAAGGCACCAACAGUGGCGUUGGCACGAAUCUGCUACAACUUCUGCGGAAUUCUCAGCGUCGUACUGAACCCACAGAUGUUGAACCCCGGUGGCUGGAAUUGGGGUCCCAAAGCCACUUUGCUCUGGGCCGGCUCAUGCUUCCUGUGCUGGAUGUGGGCGUUCUGGCGACUGCCGGAACUCAAAGGCAGAACUCCUGGUGAACUGGACAUCUUAUUCCACGGCAAAGUCAAAGCCAGGAAUUUCAAGUCGACUCCUGUUGACCAGUUCAGCUCUGCGCAUCUCCAUGUCAAGAGCUUGCCCAGCGAGCCGAGCAGUCAAGAGAAGCUCUGUGACUCCGGAUCCAUCAAGCGAGGCUAA